UUACUGUUCCAGCACUCUGCUUUUCUACGCACCGCUCCCUUAUCUGUCGUUUAUCUUUUUUAUUUAAUUUUGUGUAUUUUUUCUUCCAUAUUUUCACAAAUGUAAGGAUGUCAUUCCACGCUUCGUCUUGCUUAUCUCCUCUCCUGAUCAUGCAAACGAAAUUCACAUUUCACUCGCAUUUGCAGUAGAUCCUCUGCAUUGUCUUUCAGCCAUGGUUUGGAAGAAGCCUGCAUUUCCCGAGCAGUUUUAUUCACCCAAAAGAAAGGUUAUUUCUGGGUUUGGUUUAGGAAUUGGAGUUUCAGUGAUUGUACUCGGUGUACUGUUUUUUACCGACUUCUUUAAGACUCCUGCAGUGGAAACUUCGAUUCAAGGGUUUUACAGUUUGAAUUCUUCUUCUGUUUCAUGGCCUUUCUCCUUUUCCAGCAGUUCAGAAACGCAGGAUUUUGUGGACAAAACGCAUGAAGCAAAUGAGUCAAUAGUUGCUGGGAAGCAAAAUUUUACUGAUUUGGAGAAGCCCCAUUUGGGGAAUUUUACAGAGGAGGGUAAGGAUGGAAGCUUUGGGGUUGGAGGAGAAAUGGGUAAGCAGAAAAACAGUGAGAAGGGGUCAGCAAUUGCUGAAAACGGUAACUUUUUGAAUUCAAAUGGGGGAGGAACUAGUUUGGAGAUUGCCCAUUUGGGAAACUCCUCUGAGGUUUCGAAAAAUGGAAGCUUGCAUGGUGAGGAAGGGAGGGUUAAUGGGAAUCUUAGCCUGUCUGGGAAGGAAGAUAUGCAUGCAGAGAAGGCAGUUGAAGGUAGUUUUUCAAGGAAUACUAGUAGUGUGGAUGGUAAUGCUGCCAAAAUUGUGAAGAAGAAAAGGGCUUGGAAGGCAGCGCAUCGAGGAAAUUCGACUGUGAAAAUCGCCGACUAUGAUUCUCAAAUGGGGAAAAUGCAGACUGAUUUGUAUCAGAAAUGUGAUAUUUUUAAUGGUAGGUGGGUGAGAGAUGAUUCAAAGCCAUAUUAUCCUGGAGGUUCUUGCCCAUACAUUGAUAGGGAUUUUAAUUGUCACCUCAAUGGGAGGGCAGACAGUGCUUUUAUAAAAUGGAAAUGGCAGCCAAAUGAAUGUGACAUCCCAAGUCUGAAUGCCACUGAUUUUCUGAUGAGGUUGAGGGGAAAGCGGUUGGUUUUUGUGGGGGAUUCACUGAAUAGGAACAUGUGGGAAUCUCUGGUUUGUAUUCUUCGUCAUGUCAUUCGAAACAAGAAAAGAGUUCAUGAGAUUUCUGGGAAGAAGGAAUUUAAAAAGAAGGGCGUUUACGCAUUCAGAUUUGAGGAUUAUAAUUGUUCAGUGGAUUUCGUUGUUUCUCCAUUCCUUGUUAGGGAAUCAUCAUUCACGAGUAAAAACGGUACGUUUGAGACAUUAAGGUUGGAUUUGAUGGACCGGACAACUUCAAUGUACCAUGAUGCGGAUGUCAUAGUUUUUAACACUGGACACUGGUGGACUCAUGAAAAAACAUCUCGAGGAGAAGAUUACUACCAAGAAGGCAAUCAUGUGCAUCCAAGACUCAAGGUUCUUGAAGCAUACAAGAGGGCUCUCACCACUUGGGCCAGAUGGGUUGACAAGUAUAUUGAUGUCAACCGGACUCAGGUUUUCUUCAGAGGAUAUUCAGUUACCCAUUUCAGCGGAGGGCAAUGGAACUCAGGCGGACAGUGCCACAAAGAAACGGAGCCAAUCUUUAACGAAACUUAUUUAGCGAAUUACCCCUCAAAGAUGAGAGCUCUAGAGCAUGUACUUAAAGAAAUGAAAUCUCCGGUGAUUUAUUUAAACAUAAGUAGGCUUACCGAUUACCGAAAAGACGGACACCCUUCCAUUUACAGAAUGAAAUACAAGACAGUAGAAGAACAAAUUACGGCUGAGAGGUCUCAGGAUUGCAGCCAUUGGUGCUUGCCUGGAGUUCCAGAUGCUUGGAAUGAAUUGCUAUACGCCGCUCUUUUGAAGGCCGGAUGGGGAUCACGCAAAAACUGAAGAAAUUUGUAUGCAAUCGUUUGGUAUUCUUUAAUCGUAUCGGCUUAAUUUUGUGUACUGUGAGAGUUUCUUAAGUAGCCUUUUACAUGCUGAUAUUGGUCAUCACUUUUCUUCUUUUCCUUUUUUCUUGUACACAAAAUUUGGUCAACAAAAGUUUAAUGAAUUUUCUCAAAUUGGAACAAUUUGCAAA